AUGGCUUCUAACAGGAUUCCCGACCUACCAGCCAACACCACACUCCAAGGACUUUCCGUCCUCGUCACCGGCUCCAACCAAGGACUGGGAUAUCAUGCCGCCCUCCUGUCACUCCAGCUAGGUGCAUCUCCCGUGUAUCUUGCUGUUCGCAACUUGAAGAAAGGUCACGAGGCGCGGACUGCGAUGCUUGCCGACCCGGUUGUUCGGAAGAAGAACUCAAAGGCGAUCGUCAAAGUUUACGAGCUCGAUAUGGCUCGUUGGGACAGCGUCAAGUCCUUCGCUGAGAAGUUCAUCGGUGAUCGUCAUGCAGCUGGUGAAGGUCUGGAUAUCGCCAUGCUCAAUGCUGGGUUAUACCACAUGCGCUUCGAGCUUGCACCAACUGGGAAUGAGCUGACAGUCCAAGUCAACCACCUGUCGACGGCCCUUCUUUCUCUUCUUCUCUUGUCUAUCCUCGAGGCUAGCACGAUUCCCAAGCACACCGCACGACUCAUGAUCGUCUCCAGUGGCCAGCACCGGCAGGCUUCAAGCACGCUCACAGAAUGUCCCUCCGACGACAAUUACCUCACCUCUCUUAACGACGUGAAGAAUUUCGCUAGCAUGACCCGCUACGGACUGAGCAAGAUGCUAGUGAUCUUCUUCCUCCGCGUGCUCGCCACAAAGGUCAGCAGCGACAGGGUUAUCAUCAACAACGUCUGUCCCGGUCUGAUCAGGACGAACCUGGCGCGAGAGCUUCCGGUCUUCCUCCGUCCUGUCUUGUAUCUUCUCUUUCUUGGUCAAGCAAACCCCGUGGAGCGAGGUGCGGCGUGCUAUAUCCAUGGCGUGACGUGCGUUGGAAAGGAGAGUCACGGGCUAUGGUAUAGACGCAUGGUGUUGACUCCCUAUGGAGAUUUCCUGCUAAGCGACGAAGGGAAGAAGAUGCAGGACAAGAUCUGGACCGAGACGCUACAGCAGCUGGAGCAAGUUGUGCCCGGCGUGAGUUCGAAUAUAUGA